UAAAAGUAAAGAAAAUAGGCGUUAAAUUGUAGAGACUUCUGAAAUAACAAAACGAGUGUGAAAAUAUAGUAUAUAAACAUUAAGAUUUAAAUCAACGAAUUAUAACGGUUCUUUGAAUUAACAAACGGCAGACAUUUUGUGUUGGUAAAAUUUUAGUCUAGACACUUUAGUGCGGAACAAAUCUGUGUCGUGGUACUUGGCCCCGUAAUUUCGUCUGGCCAUCUGUCGUUACGUUUAUUAAGUCUACAUAUUAUUUUAAAUUAUGCAAUCCAUGCUGCACUAAUUAUAAAAACCAGCAGAUAAAGCAGGAACUCACAACACAACACCAGUCUGUACCGUGUUGUUCUCAGUCUGGCUUGGCUGUGUUGAACACAUGUCAUCUAGUUGGCGCGGAGUUAACAUAAGAUGGUUAUUAUGAAAAAUCACUUUGGCCCUGUCGACUAUGUUGUCUUUGCCGCCAUGUUGAUCAUAUCAAUGGCUAUAGGAGUUUGGUUCGCUCUCAGGGGAGGCAAACAGAAAACACAAGGUGAAUAUCUGAUGGCAAACCGAAGCCUCUCCAUCCUUCCUGUUGCCAUCUCCAUACUCGUCUCUUACAUGUCGGCCAUCUUGAUUCUUGGUUUUCCUGCGGAAAUGUAUACCCAGGGGACUGAAUUCUAUCUGACCACUUUUGGUGUCAUGCUGGGAGUUGUGUUAGCAGCCCUAGUUUUUGUACCCCUGAUGUAUCCGUUAAAAUUGACCAGUGCUUUUGAGUACUUGGAGGUCAGAUUUGAGUCAAGAGUUGUCCGCCUCGUGGGGACGAUGCUGAUGAUUCUCUCACAGGUGAUCUACAUGGGCAUCGCUUCAUUUGCUCCCUCUACAGCUUUAGAAGCAGUAACGGGCUUUCCAGUGUGGGGAUCUAUUCUAAGUAUUGGAGCUGUUGGUACGCUCUAUACUACAAUUGGAGGUAUGAAGGCUGUAAUCUGGACAGAUGUCUUCCAAUCGGUGAUAAUGCUGGCUGGUAUUUUGGCCAUUGUCAUUCAGGGUACUCUAAAAGUUGGUGGUAUGUCACGUGUGUGGGAGAUCAAUGAGGAGUGGGGCAGGAUCAAAUUCUUUAAGUAG